AUGCUUCUGUGCCUCGACGACAAAACUGUCCGGGCCGUGCUGGCGUGCCUGACAGUUCCCACUGGCCUUGCUUUCUUCCUGGACCGAGAUGACCCCACGCCGUCUCCUGGCACUCUCCUGGCAGCUUGUGAUAAAGCCAGGCGCCUGCGUCCUUACCUGGAGGCCGCAGGUGGUGAGAUUGGCACUGUCGAUCGCGGCUUUAUCAUUUUCACCAAUGUGUUCCCUGCGGAUAUCUAUGCAGCGCUGGCGCCAGUUUCUAAAGCUUUUGCUGCUAGCAUCAACCCUAUGAUGCUCGAGCUUGGAUCGCUGCAGCCUCACAUCCCGGCCAAUGACCAUACGAGGUACGAGCACCGACCGGACGGAGCCAGAAUCUACAUGCAUUUCCGGGACAUCUUGAUUGUCGAGUGGCGUAGGUACGUGUACUUGUAUGAGCAUGGUGGCCUCUACCUGGACAUCAAGUGUUCGCUGAAAAUGCAGUUUGAUGAGCUCCGGUCCUGCUUAGCUGAGGAGUGGGGCACUGCCCAGGCCUAUGCGCACUCUGCGCUGGGGCGCUGCCCGUCCCCACCCGGACAGCUUCCGAAGGACUACAUGGUCAUGGCCAUAGGCAACCGUGGCGAUCACAUCUUUCAGGGCAUCAUUUACUGCCGGCUACUCCUGGAGGCCAUCAUCCAGUUCUACAGCCCGACCAUCCUCGAGCGACUACCACUCUUUUGCAAAUUUCUCUAUGGUGCCCUCAGGCAGAACCUGGGACAUCCCCCGCAGCACCGAUGGAACGUCUCCAGCAGAUACGGCCCGAUUUACCUGUUGAGGGAGCGUCACAGCAAGGGUCUCCAGGCUCACUCGGAGAUCCCCACGGAUGGCCACUACAUGAUCACGCGCCACAACAAGAUAGCCAUGUUCACUCGGUGCUGGAACUGGAAGAGAGGCUUCGCUGGGGACCUGGCAGCCAAGGCAAGGAAUGAGGCGGCAUCUCCCACAAGCUCGGCUUCCGGAGGCGACGCCCCCACAAAUGCGGAGCUACAGCAGUGGGCGGAUGAGGCCAUUGCGGGCAACGAGAAGAUCAUGGACGCCCUUUCCCAGACAAAGUACUAUCAGGAUCUGAAUGGCAACGACGUCCUUGAUCUCAUUCUCAAGGGGCUUUGCCUCUCUGAGGACCAGCCUGGCUAUCUUAGUUGCAGACACUGCCUCAACAAGAAGUCUCGGAGGAAUGUUACCUUUCCUACCAGCAUUGGGGUGGUCAACCACUUUCGCCGGGGCUCGUAUCACACGCCGAACUCCUUUUUGACGGACCAGCUCCCCUCUACGACAGCUACCGUCGGCCUCUGGCCACCUGGUGGCCGCCUUGCUCGAAGCCGGGCACAUCGCCUGCGACAGGCCUGGUCCGCCAGGUCCGCCCCUCCGCCACCUAAGCCACAGCUUCCAGCGGCAAGCCUGGGAAAGACCUCUGUAAAGGACACUGGCACCCAUGACACGCGCAUUCCUGACUCCGACUCGCAACUACCAGCCUCCCAAGCCAGACCAGCCUCCGGCUCAGGAGGAGCCAUCUCCGCCAGCUCUGCCCCCCUCCUUGAAGGAGGAAGCAGGCCUGGUUGCCGCGCUCAGUCCUAUGAGCUCCAGGAGUGGCUUCGAGUCCUUUGCAGGAUGCAUGUUCUGACGCAGCAAAUGCUACUUGGUGGCCUGGAGUAUGACGAGCUAUUGCCGCUUUGGGCCAAGCGGAUGAGGGUGAUACCUACCCCCCCUCCUCUGUUUGAAAGCAUUAAGCUGGCCAGGACAGAGAGGGGAGUAACGUGGCACGUUAUCGAGACGGCCAAGCUUGUCGCUGCGGACAAUGGCUUAGUCGCGGUUGCUACAGGCAAGGACGAGACAUACACUGUCUUGGACCGCGGCUCCAAGCUCCAGGGUGCUCUCUCUGCCCUCUUCGGCAAAAUGUGGGACUACCCGCCGCUGAGCGACAUAGUGCAGGACAACAACCGCUUCAUGCUUAUUGCCACCUCUAUCAAGGCCGUAUACGACCACACGGCUCGCAAAAUGCAGUUGCAGGCCAGACUAGUCGUGGCGCAGCACGGCAAGCACGUGCAUGUCAAGCACAACUGUGGCGAUUCUCCGACAUACCUUCAGCAUCAUCCGGAGCUAGCCCAGACGGCUACGAAGCGCCAACGCACACAGCAUCGUAGCCUUCCACCGAGCCGUGUUUCUCGAGUUGAGCCGUCCGCGGCUCCUACGCCAAGCCAGGCGUCCUCUUCCACAAUGCGGCCUACCGAGCCUCCCUAUCCACCUACUCAAGCAAGGGAGACGUGGAGUUGGAACGACUGGGGAUCAUGGAGCUCCUAUGGCAACCGCCAGAGUUGGGAGGCAGAAUGGGAGGGCAGGUGGUCCCGCCAUCACUGA